UCCAAAGCGCGCUUGGAAGGGGGAUCUGCCUUUUGGCCGCGCGGUGUAUUGUUGCUAGGAAGCAGCCCCAGCGAGGCUACCAGACAGUGAAAGAUCAAGAGGUUGUCGCAUGGGUUAUUUUAUUUAGAGGUCCUGUUUUUGCGAGGCCAGCGUCGACAUCAGGUGAAGACGGGUCUCCUCCCCCUGCUUUCAAGUUGUCAUUUAUGUGUGCGCCAAGGUUAGUGCCAUCUAGGUGUGCCAUGGCCAUUCAUGGCCACCCAUGGAGCUGAAGACCCCAGGAGACCACUCCGGCGCAGUCGCAGACUCUCCCUCCCGCAGCCCGGUCUGACCAUCCACGCCCAGUCCGCCGUGGUGCAUGCCCCCUCCGCGGCCCGUGCCCUGCCCGCCUGCCCCCUCCAUAAGAACCUCCAAGCCCGGCCUGCGGCGUUGACCCCGAUCUCUCCGAGUGCGCCCCAUGAGCCGCACCCCUCGUGUCUCUCAGGUAUCCCCCCGAGCUGCGCUCUUCCGUCCUCGCCCGGUCCCGUCGUCGCGCCCCGACCCCUCUGCACGCGCAGUGCCAGCGCAGGUGCCCGCCGCUGCUCCCUCCGCAGUGCCAGGUAUGCGAGCGUCGCACCCGCAGGCGUGUCCAAGGGCCCGGUCUCGCUCCAGUCUAGUGCCUCCUCAUCCCCUCCCUCCUCCUCCUCCUCCUCCUCCUCCUCAUCCUCUUCCUCAUCCUCUUCCGCUUCAUCUCUCCUCCUCUCGUCGCAGUGCCACGGUCUGUGCCUGCUGGAAGCCCAGCGUUCCCCCUGCCAGCUGGACCCUCUGAGGUUCGGAUCGGGCCUGCUGGGUAAACGAGCCUCCUCCCCGCAACUCUCCAUCUACCCCACCUGCCCCUCCCCACCGAAGGCGUCCGCGUCUGCCGCUCACCGCGGGGUAGUUGUGGUGGUGAACGGCGCCGACAAGACCAACAUGCCCACCAACCAGUCGUCUCCGUGGAGCGGUGCCCAGCUCAGGGAUAAGGGCAGUAUGGUGAACGGCCUGACGACGCAGCUCCCCGACAGCGCCGCAGUGCCUUCCUCCCAUGCUCGCGCCCGCACGGCGCACAGCGACCCCCCGCAGAAGCUGCCCUGCUGCCCUCCGUCGAACCGCUGCCAAGGUGACGGGCGGACGGAGGCGAAGAAGGUCGCGACCUCGCCUGCCGCCGUGCCUUCGCAGGAGAAGAGCGGGAACGACGUACCUCUCGGCCAUGACCACGUUCAGAGCGAGGGCCCUCCUCCGUCUCCUCUUCCUCCUCCCUCUAGGCCCGUGACCCUGCGGGCCCCUAAGGCCAGGUCGGAGGUCAAGCUGACGGCGGCCGUGCGCAAGCUGGUGAGGACCAGCAGCGCGCACCUCAGCCGGACGCUCAACGGCUACGGCGCCACCGCCCGCUCCACCGGCGCCUUGGCGACCGCCGGCGUGGCGUCCAGGAGGUCACCGCUCCGCAGCCUUACCCAAAGGGAGGGGGGUCCCGGUGGCGCUGUGGUACUGCCCGCUGAGAACCCCGGCAGUGCCCCCUCGCCCUCCUCUGCCCACCACUGUGCCAUUCCAGGGGAGACGGCUGCUCCUGGGUCGCCACUCCAGACGGCGCCCUCUGUUUACUCCGUCACCUCUGACCUCUCCGCCAUACACCUGACCAGGGAGGGCGGCGCCCAGGCUCCUACGGACAACGACUGCCCCGGGCCGAGCUCCCCGAUGGGGCCGGGCGCCGCUGGGGGUCCGUCUGAGAUGGAGCCCAAAAGCCAGGAGACUGUUUCCAUGCUACAAGACGGGGAGGAGGAGGAGGAGGACCUCGCUGAUGAGCAGGAGAACAACUGCAGUGGGGAUGACAACGACGGGUCCGACUCCUGCUCCAUGAACACUGAUGGUGCGUUAGACACUCCCGAGGAGGCUCUGAGUGUGGAGGAGCCGAUGUCCACGGAGGUGGAGGAUGAGCGAUUGGAGCGGCCAGCCCUGGUCCCGAGCCUGUUCCCCCUCAUGCCCCCAACACUCUACUUCAGCACAGCCAACGAGAGAGUGGAGCUAUUGCCUGUGGAGCAGAGGAAGCUGCUGAAAUGGAGAAUGAGCUCAGUCACCCCCAACGUGGUCAAACACACCAUCACCAGGUCCCACUUUAAAGUCACCAAGAAGAACGAUGAUUGGCUUGGCUGUUGGGGUCAUCACAUGAAGUCUCUAGGGUUCAAGACCAUCAGAGAGUACCAGAAGUUGAAUCACUUCCCAGGCUCCUUCCAGAUCGGACGAAAGGACCGCCUGUGGCGCAACCUGUCCAAGAUGCAGGCGCGCUUCGGCAAGCGGGAGUUCAACUUUUUCCCACGAUCCUUUGUGCUCCCGCAAGACAUCAAGCUGCUGCGCAAGGCCUGGGAGGACGGAGGCGGACGCCAGAAAUGGAUCAUCAAACCGCCUGCAUCUGCCAGGGGAAUCGGGAUCCAGGUUAUUCACAAGUGGAAUCAGAUGCCUCGCAAGCGCCCUCUACUGGUACAAAAGUACAUUCACAAGCCUUACCUGAUCAGCGGGAACAAGUUUGACCUGCGCAUCUACGUGUACGUCACCUCCUACGACCCACUCCGCAUCUACAUCUACAACGACGGCCUGGUGCGCUUUGCCAGCUGCAAGUACUCGUCCUCCAUGAAGAGCCUGGGCAACAAGUUCAUGCACCUCACCAACUACAGUGUCAACAAGAAGAACUCCGAGUACCAGAGCAACAGCGACGACAAGGCCUGCCAGGGCCACAAGUGGGCUUUGAAGGCCCUGUGGCAAUACCUGGGCACCAAGGGAGUCAACACCACUGUCAUCUGGGAGAAGAUCAAAGAUAUAGUCAUCAAAACCAUCAUUGCGUCAGAGUCGUACAUCAACACCCUGGUGAAGAUGCACCUGCGAUCCCCCUACAGCUGCCAUGAGCUGUUUGGCUUUGACAUCAUGCUGGAUGAGAAGCUGAAGCCCUGGGUUCUGGAAGUCAACAUCUCACCAAGCCUGCACUCCAACACUGCGCUGGACGUGGCCAUUAAGGGCCAGAUGAUCCGUGACGUGCUGAACCUCGCCGGCUUCGUGCUGCCGCAGAGAGACGAGCUGCAGCCCACCGCCUCCAGCAGCGCCAGCGCCAGCAGCUCCACCAGCAGUCUUUGUGCAGGAGGCCGAGAACGCUGCAAGCCAGAGUUGUCUACCGACGAGAGAGUCAAGAGAGCCUUCUACUUAAGUCAGCGCUUCGCCGACCAGGAGUUCUUCUCGUCGGUGCUGGAUGUGCUGACCCCUGACGACGUGCGUGUGCUUGCGGAGUCGGAGGACGAGCUGACGCGGCAGGGCGAGUUCCAGCGCGUGUUCCCCUGCGCCACCUCCGCCCGCUACCUGCGCUUCUUCGAGCACCCCCGCUACCUCAACAUCCUGCUCAACCAGUGGGAGCAGAAGCACUGGCAGCACAGGAGCAAAGGCAUUGACCUGCUGAGGAAUCUUUGUCAGAAGGGAGUUCACCUGGGCAACCUGUCUGACACAGUCCAUCAUUGGUCUUCAAAGUCCUACACUGGACAUGUGCGGACCGAUUUGAACAGUAACCCUUCCACCAAGCCAGAGCUGACAAGGUCUAGUGUGCAGGUGACCCUGAGUGUGCCUUCCCUCUCCCUCGGCGGCUGUGGAGACGAGGAGGUCCAGUCCAGCGUCACCUGCAGCCUGCCGGACAUCAGCACGUUGGGCUCGUCCAGUGCCAGCGCCACGCCCACCCCGAGCCCGAGUCCCACCCUCACCCCCUGCUCCAGCUCCAGCAGCUGCCACCACCCUGCAGACUACAUGUGAGGUGUGGGGGGUGUGUGUAGGGAUGUGUGUGUGUGUGUGUGUGUAAGGGUGUGUGUCAGGGUGUGUGCGUGUGUGUGUGUGUGUGUGUGUGUGUGUGUGUGUGGAGGUAGUGGUAGUGGUGUUGAGGAGGAGAGAGCAGUGUCAGGGUUACGGGCAGGGCAACCCACUGCAGUGUCAAAUACAGCACAGCCACCGGGGGGUGCUAGGAGUGAAGCCUUACCUCCUCACUUCGUGCUGCUCUCUCUGAUAUGACAUCAGCAGCGACUCAGGGGCUUCCCAGCAACCACGAGUCGCCAACUGACCAAUAUGGGCACAGAGAACAGAAAAUACGCAUGCACACUCUCGGGAGACUGUUAAGGGGUGUGUGCCUGGUGUGUGUGUGUGUGUGUGUGUGUGUGUGUGUGUGAGCUUUUUGCAGUGGAGGUACAAGCACAGUCCUCCACUCAGAGGGAGGGAUUUUGAGUUGUCGUCCACCCCCUUCCCGUCGCCCUAUACAGUCGUGCCUUGGCUGCUAGGAGACGAGGAGGAGGAGGAGGAGGAGGAGGAGGAGGAGGAGGAGGAAGAUGAGGUGUGAACAGAGACAGACAGUCAUAGGUUUACAGCCUUGAUGAAAUUACAGGCCAAAUCUCAAGUCUUUUUAGAUGCCUUUUGUAUUACACCAUACUACAAAAACCUCAAGAGCUAUCACUGAAGGCUUUGCCAUCUCUUCUCGGUAGUCGUUAGAGAUUAAAUCUGGUGUGAGUGUGUUGGGGUGUGUGUGUGUGUGUGUGUGUGUGUGUGCGCGCGUGUUUGAGGAAGGGGGGGGGGCGGUAGUAGCGUGUCUGGAACAGGCAUACAUAUAGAUAUGCAAAGCCUGUCAUUGGUGGAAAUCCGAGCACACCUCCACCAACUGCCAUGUCUUACAGUAGCAUGAGCCAAUCAGAUUCCUCUCUGUGGUUUGUUUACAUUGGAGGUCCGCCCCUCUUCCCGGGGUCUGGAUCCCUGCGGCCAUGUUGGCGUCUCUUUCUUAAAAACAUGCUAAAUGCUUAUAUCUUGUAUUUUUUUCCCUGUUGGGAAAAGGAAAUGACUUAAUAAGAAUUCAAUAAGUAAUAAAUACACUUUUAAGAAUUGCAGUAUGGCUUUUUAUCGUUUUCUUUUUUAUCAUAAAGAAAUUGCAGUUUUCUUAUGAAACUAGAUUGCUGCUACGUUGUAGAGUUUUCACAUUAAAAUUGGUUUUUGAAAACCA